AUGCAUAUCAAUUCCUUCGUCUCGCUGACGUUGAGUGUGAGGUUGUUGAUGCGACACGACUCAACCAGCCGAUCUAUCUCACUCCUGUAUGCCUCUUCAUUGCCAUCUGAGGUUCUGCCAACAACAGUGUCAUUGGCGAAUUUAUAGAUGGCGUUUGAGCUGUGCCUAGCCACACAGUUAUGAGUAUAGAGAGAGUAUAUCUGGAUAUUUAUUACAAAGAGCCGCUUAGUUGCAUGAUUCAAUCUACUUUUAAGAAGUUGAGCAGGAACUACAUUCAAAGUUCUGCGCUUUAAACCAUCUGAAAUUUCUGGAAAACUGUCAAAAACAAAACUGGAAAAUUUCAAAGUUGGUUUAAGAAGCUGACAAAAUCACCAAACCAUUUGCUUAGGAUGGAUCCGCACGGCGUUUCUUUUUAUCUCGAUCAGCAACAAUUGGUGCCUAUUUAUUUAUUUCUCAUCGGCCAGUCAGGAUGCUAUUUUCCGCCUCAGAUCCUACGGAUUUUUUUUCUCUCUUUAAUCGCUAAAGUGGAAAUAAUGUUAUCUGCUGUUUGUUAUUGCAGUGACAUGGCCCCGGGCACAGUUGCUCAGAGAUUCGGGGCGGAGCCGCCUGGCGAAACGCGCAUGCGCACCUGCUCGCUGGCGGGUGGACGGUUUUUUUCGGCAGUCGGGCGAGUUGGCGACGGCGACCCGCCAGAGGGAAACUAUCGUCGGGUAUCGGGAUCUCUCACGGCGGCUCCAGUGUCGUCGGUCGGCUCGGCGUUUUCUUUUUGUAAAGCGAGCGAUGCCAGGCGAGUGCCCGGAGCGACGUGACGGAAGCCCGGCGGAGGCGAGCGGCGCCCGAAGCGCCUGAGAUCUCGCAGGCGGCGGCGAGGAAGGUUUCAGGGAAAGUUCCCGGGUGGUCGCGGGGCACGGAGGUUGGUUCCGCCCCCCAACACCCUUCCCCCGGCCAUGAAGAAGAGUCGGGAGGACGAAAUGAACGCGGUGCCCGAGGCGGCGAGCAGCCCGCGGGGCACCACCGAGAGCCUGGCCGAUCCCGACUCCGGCCUUCGCGGGGAUGUCAGUUCCUUGGGCUCCGACUCCGAGCUCAAUGGCUUCGUCAACGGAGAGCAGAAGAUCGACAAGUACGGCUUCGUGGGCGGCGCGCAGUACACGGGCGAUCUGCAACCUGAAAUACCACCUGAGGUACUUCGACAACGGGAAUCCAAAUGGCUGGACAUGCUGAACAACUGGGAUAAGUGGAUGGCCAAAAAGCACAAGAAGGUGAAACUGCGGUGUCAGAAGGGAAUUCCGCCUUCAUUGCGUGGACGAGCUUGGCAGUAUUUGUCAGGGAGUAAAGUAAAAAUGGAACAGAACCAUGGGAAGUUUGAUGAGAUGGAUCAGUCACCUGGAGAUCCAACGUGGCUUGAUGUAAUAGAAAGAGACCUACAUCGGCAGUUUCCUUUUCAUGAGAUGUUUAUUGCUAGAGGAGGCCAUGGGCAACAAGAUCUUUAUAGAAUUCUAAAAGCGUACACAAUUUACAGGCCAGAGGAGGGGUACUGUCAGGCACAGGCUCCCAUAGCUGCUGUCCUUCUAAUGCAUAUGCCUGCUGAGCAAGCUUUUUGGUGCCUGGUUCAGAUUUGUGAGAAAUAUCUUCCAGGAUAUUACAGUGCUGGAUUGGAAGCAGUUCAAUUGGAUGGGGAAAUCUUCUUUGCCUUGUUGCGCAAGGUUUCACCAGUGGCAUAUAAGCAUCUUAACAAGUACAAAAUUGACCCCAUCCUGUACAUGACAGAGUGGUUUAUGUGUGCUUUUUCAAGAACUUUGCCAUGGGUGUCUGUGCUGAGAAUUUGGGACAUGUUCUUUUGCGAAGGUGUAAAGGUGAUAUUUCGUGUUGGCCUAAUUUUGCUGAAGUACACUCUUGGCUCAUCAGACAAACUGAAGAAAUGCCAGGGCCAAUACGAGACAAUGGAAAAACUUCGUAGCAUUGAUCCCCGAUAUAUGCAAGAAGCCUUUCUUGUUCGAGAGGUAAUUGAGCUUCCUGUCACGGAAAGAGAAAUUGAAAAAGAACAUUUAAUUCAGUUAAAGAAGUGGAAGGACACGCAUGGUGACCUCAAGUACCACCCUCCUCCGAGACUGCAUGGUGCCAAAGCCAUCAAUGAGGCAGAGCCACACUCACAAAGAGCCUUGGUGCAGAUGCCCUCCAUCAUGAUACAAUCGCCGCCUGUCUCUCCCUCUUCAGAUUCAAGCAGCAAUUCGAAGAAGAAGGAUAAGAAAAGUGCAAAAGAGCAAAAGAAGGAAAAGAAGAAACUGGAGAAAAAGAUGGGAAAAGUAGAACCAAUAGCAAAUGGAUCUGCUCCUGAUGAGACCAAAAGAAUUUUGAAAGAUGAACCACGUGCUGCACAACCUGUAGAUAUUGCAGAGGAGAUAAAGCAAUCAAUGCUAAAAAAGGACUCUCAACUCCAGCAGUCUGAACAGAGCCUCAGUUCAGAAGGAACAGAACAGGACACAUACUUGUGAAGUGUAUCAUUCGCACCUAAAGAAAGCAUCAUUCGGCAUCAAAUCAUUCCAUAAAAUGGAUCCAUUGUUAUAGUAUGUUUAUACUUUGUCGUUAAUGAGAUAUAGCAACCCUUGUGACCUAACAGUGUCUUUAAAUAUAAAGAGUUGGGGGGUGGGGGAAGAAACUGAAGUAUCAAAGAACUAGUCAUAACCAAGAAUGUAAUUUAUCAGCUAGUGAUUUAGGAAAAAUCUGGUUAACAAGUUUACCUUUAGUGGGUUAUUGUUUAGCUCUUAAAACUCUAAAUGGACAUUGAAAGCUGUCAAAAUGUUUUUUUUAGGGGAAAAUGUAAAUAGUUUUAUACUAUAUUUUUGAGUCAGCGUAACUUGAGUGGAGAUUCUGCAGUAAAGAUUUCCUCUUGGCGUUCAUUCCCAGUUAAGAUGAAUUUAUAGGACUUUAUGCCUCGAUUAUUCUUUGAUCAGAUACUGUACUGCAUCCAUUUCCAUUUUGAAGUAACAAUGAUUUCCAUUAGCAAGGAAGAGACUUGCUGAGCUUUUGUUCAGAUUAGCUUUGACACAAAGUGUUAAAUACAAUUAUUUGAAUUAAUUUAACUGUAUGUCUGUGUACGUACGUGUUUGUGUGCAUGUGCUAAGGGGAGGAUUAAGAAAAAUGUACCUUUUUCUGAUCAUUAAGUCAAACUGGGUUUCUGACUGGUUGAAGGAUGUGUUUCCCUAAUGUUGUGUGAUUAAAACACCCAACAUGCAGAUUCACUUAUUUGUAACAUUUAGUAAUGUACAGAUAAAAUACUGAUGAACAAAAGAAAUUGUGACUGAGUUUAAAAAAUGCCACUUUAGUAAAUGUUUUCCAUAUAAUGUUGAGAAUGCCAUAUGUACAGUACUGAAGGAUAAGUAACCACAAUACAUUACAAAAGCAAUGUAUUUUAUAAUUUAAUUUUCUAGCACUUUUUCCUUAAUUUUGAGGAAUGUAAAUUUAUGAAGCUGGUUUACAGGAAGUUUGAUAAACUGACCACAAACGACAAUAUAGGUGUUCGCUGCUCUUGUCUAAUCCAGCUUUUUAAAAAAAAAUAAUUACCAUUGCACAAUGGAUUUGCAGUUAUUGUUGAGGUAUUUAAGUGCUAAUGUAAACCUACUUGGAUCAAGCAAGUUUUUUGUGUGUAGAAUAAGAACAUAAUACUGUAUUAUGCCUAAUUUUGAUUGGUGUUUUAUUGCUCCAUAUUCCUUGAGUCUAUUAAAAUCACCAAAUGUAGUGAUGUGCAAACAUAAGGUUAAAUUAUCUGGCUUGGCAUUUAGUCAAUACGCUUUUCUGUUUUUGAGGACUGAUAAACUGUGUCAAUUUGUUUUGUGACAUGCAAUCCACCAAGAACAUUAUUGGACCACAUUGAAUAUUGUCUGGUUGAGUGUGGCCAUGCAGCAUAAGCACCACAAGCUUAACAUACCUUAAUUGGUUUCUGUGCUGACCUACAAACUGUUACAUGCAUUAAUGAGUUCAUCCAAGCUUUAUUUUAUCUUGUUUAUAUCAUGGAUUCAUAACUAAACCCAAUAAAAUAAUCUGGAAAGCA